GCUUUGGCCAUUUCUGGCAGAAAAUAAUGGGCAGCGCUUUUGUCUUUCCCUCUUUCCCUUGGAGGGGGCUCACCUGGUAGGUGCCAUCUGGUACCUGAGUCACAGGUAUCAUUAUGACAUCACAGGUCUUUCUUCCUCUACCCUUCCUGCCUGUGCUAUGGCUGGAUGAACACAGACCUGAGGGGAUUUGAACCAUCUAUACCCAAUCCAUGUGUGACCAAUGGAGGAGAAGCAGCCCCCAAAGACGAAGGAGCCCUCAAAAAGAGAUGAGCCUCAGCAGAAGGAGACACCGACCCCUUUGUCCUUAGGAGCAAAGUCGAAGGCAGAGGCUAAAACUCCAGCUCUGGUCGAGAUGCAGACAGUGGACAAUGCCAGUGAGAAAUUAGAAAAACCCCCAGAAACCCAAAAGAAGCUCUCUGACAAAGAUAUGGUAGCCAUCAAGAUCCAGGCCUGGUGGCGGGGGACCCUGGUGCAUCAGUCCCUCAGAGCCUGCAUCAUUCAGUGCUGGUGGUGGCUGAUGCUGUCCAAGAUUUUGGAGAAGAGGCGGCGGGCAGUGCUGGAGGUCUUCUCCCAGGAGGAGUGGGCAGCAGUCACACUGCAGUCCCAGGCCCGCAUGUGGCGCAUCCGCAGGCAUUAUUGCCAGGUGCUAAAUGCUGUUUGCAUCAUCCAGGCCUACUGGAGGUGCCGUGCCUGUGCUUCCCAGGGGUUCAUCAAGGGCCAGUACAGAGUCACGGCCAACCAGCUGCAUCUCGAGCUGGAGAUCUUGCUGCGCUCAGGACCUUGCAUUGUGACGGAGUGUAUUCCUAUCUCAAUAAAGGAAUGAAGUGGUCUUUUC